UACCUUUGCUCUUAAACCGGGGCUACUCUUACCACUUGUCCGUUCUCCCCGAGAAGCGGAUAAACCCUCAUACCCGCCAAUUUCAAUAUACCAACUGCGCAAACACAUUUACAGAACACCAUUGCCACACAAUGUCAGCUAUCGACCUCUGCGGAUAUCAUUCCCUCUCUAAAACCCUCUCUCUCCUGUCCCCAACUUUUAGGCCGCCUCCUCCCACCUUUCUCUCUCCCCCAACUCGCUUCUCUCUCUACAAUCACUCCCUCUCUUUCUCCAACUCCGCAAUUAAUCACCAGCACCGCCGCUCAAAUCUUUGCCGCUGCGUUUCCGACGGUGGACUCCUCCGCGAAGAUGACUCAGAAUUUGAAAAAGACGUUGAAGAAGUUAAUGAUUCCGGUGGUGAUGACGAUGAAAGUCCUGAAAUUGACGUUGAAGAGCUCGAAAAAGAAGCAGAAGAUGCUGUUCGAGAGUAUUCUAUCUCUUUAUCUCGCGAACUGAAAAUUGAAGAAGAAAGAAAUGUUAGAAAGGAAUCUCGUGGAAAACAGAAAAGGAAUAGAAGUACACCUAGAAAGAUCUCUGACCGUCUUCUUCCGAGGGUUACAAUUGUUGGAAGGCCCAAUGUUGGUAAAUCAGCAUUAUUUAAUCGUCUGGUUGGGGGUAACAAGGCUAUUGUGGUGGAUGAACCUGGGGUUACAAGAGAUCGCUUGUAUGGUAGAUCCUUUUGGGGAGACUAUGAAUUUAUGGUAGUGGAUACUGGAGGUGUUCUCAGGACUUCGAUGUCACAGACUGAUAUUAUGGAGGGAUUGGCUAUCACACCAGCUAUUGGUAUGGAGGGGAUUCCACUUGCCUCGAGGGAGGCAGCUGUUGCCAGGAUGCCCUCACAGAUUGAGAGACAAGUCAAUGCAGCUGUGGAAGAGUCAUCUGUCAUUAUAUUUGUGGUUGAUGGCCAGGCAGGUCUGACAGCAGCUGAUGUGGAAAUAGCGGACUGGCUGCGUAAAAACUAUUCAAAGAAGUCUAUCGUUCUUGCCGUGAACAAGUGUGAAUCUCCAAGGAAGGGAAUUAUGCAAGCAUCAGAAUUUUGGUCCUUAGGGCUUUCACCACUUCCUAUAUCUGCUGUUUCUGGGACUGGAACUGGAGAGCUCCUUGAUCUUGUUUGUUCAGGGUUAAAAAAAUUUGAGGGUCCAGAGAAUUUUGAUGAUGAAGAAAACUAUGUUCCUGCAAUUGCAAUUGUUGGCCGACCAAAUGUUGGUAAAAGUAGCAUUUUGAAUGCUUUAGUCGGAGAGGACAGAACAAUCGUUAGUCCAAUCAGUGGCACUACUCGUGAUGCUAUUGAUACUGAAUUCACUGGACCAGAAGGCCAGAAGUUCCGGCUUAUUGAUACUGCUGGAAUUAGAAGAAAAGCAGCCAUAGCUUCAUCUGGUAGCACAACAGAGGCUUUAUCAGUCAAUCGAGCAUUUCGUGCCAUCCGUCGUUCUGAUGUUGUGGCUCUUGUCAUAGAGGCCAUGGCCUGCAUAACAGAACAGGAUUGCAGGAUUGCUGAAAGGAUAGAAAGUGAAGGGAAGGGUUGCCUGAUUGUAGUAAACAAGUGGGAUACCAUACCAAAUAAAAACCAGCAGACUGCAACAUACUACGAGCAAGACAUUAGGGAGAAGCUUCGUACUCUUAAUUGGGCACCUAUUGUUUAUUCAACUGCAAUAGCUGGGGAUAGCGUUGAAAAGAUCAUUGUCUCUGCUACUACUGUUGAAAAGGAGAGAUCAAGAAGGCUAAGUACUUCCAUCUUGAAUCAAGUGGUACAUGAAGCACUAGCUUUUAAAUCACCUCCGAGGACCAGAGGUGGAAAGAGAGGGCGUAUUUAUUACUGCACUCAGGCAGCUAUUAGGCCACCCACAUUUGUUUUUUUUGUUAAUGAUGCAAAACUUUUCCCUGAGACAUACCGACGUUAUAUGGAGAAGCAAUUACGAUCGGAUGCAGGAUUUCCUGGAACACCUAUUCGCCUUCUAUGGCGCAGCAGAAGAAAAUUUGAAAAAGGUGAAGCAAAGAAUGCAACAACAAUGCAAGUGAAUGUCACACCACGUAACAGAAAAUUGGCAAUAGCUGCAUGACUUGUUACCGACUUUUGGUUAUCCAGUGACAUUCUAGUUUUUGGUAAGACAUCUAGUUUUGUUUAUUACACACUCACAUACUAGUUUUUGGCGGGAUUCAUUGAUCGUGUAAGAUACCGUGGAUCAUUGAAGAACAUUUGAGCAGCAGGUAUAAUAGCUUCUUUACUGAAAAUUGUGGAUUCAACUGGGAACUAAGCUUGAGUUCAGACGUUGAGAGUUACUGUAGCUAGUUGAACUGUAAUGAGCAUUUUUCUGGAUGCUUGUACUCUUCAUUAUUAGUGGAUUGGUUAGUCGGGCGAAAUUGUUCUGGGUUUUUCCUACUUUGGGCUUUCCUUAUAAAAAUUCUGUUUCUCGUGUA